AUGGGGAAUACUUGUCUUAACAGUACUGCACAUGAAAAGGAUCUUGGAAUUGUUGAAGAUCACAAAGUGAACAUGAGUCAACAAGAUGAUGUGGCUGCAUCAAGUCCUGAGAGAGGAGAUGGAAAGAACCGGGCCCUAUGCACACUUCGUGGAUGCUGCUGGAAUCCUCAGAAUGAGACAUACAUACCCUGGUGCUACUUUUCUACAAGUCAUGGAUACAAAGUUAAAGGAAGCCGUGAAGACACAAACACAGGAUUUCAAGCUACGCUAACAAGACUCCCCGCACCAUCCUUGUUUGGAAAUGACAUCCAAAAGGUUCUCUUCACUGCUGAAUAUCAGACGCCAAACCGCUUCAGGUUCAAGAUUACAGAUCCUGCUAAUCAAGAUAGAUAUGAAGUCCCACAUCAGUAUGUUAAAAAAAACUUUGAUGGACCUAAACCAGCCAAAUUAAACUAUAUGGUUAACAUCACUGAGAAUCCAUUUGGCAUCAGUUUGAUAAGGAUUAGCAAUAACAAAGUCCUCUUCAACACCAAUAUAGGACCACUGGUGUAUGCUGACCAGUUCUUGCAGCUCUCCAUCAAAUUGCCCAGUUGGAAUGUUUACGGUGUAGGAGAACAUGUCCAUAGACAGUACCGACAUGAUUUUAACUGGAAAACAUGGCCCAUCUUUACACGAGAUGCCUUUCCUAAUGGGGACAUGAGCAACCUGUAUGGAGCUCACACGUUCUUCCUGUGCCUAGAAGACAGCAGUGGCCAUUCCUUUGGUGUCUUCCUUAUGAACAGCAAUGCUAUGGACUUUGCUCUCCAACCUGCCCCAGCUGUUACAUACAGGACAAUUGGUGGAAUUCUAGAUUUCUACAUCUUCUUGGGGAAUACUCCAGAACAAGUUGUCCAAGAAUAUCUGUCUCUUAUAGGACUUCCAUGGAUGCCUCCUUAUUGGAGUCUUGGGUUCCAGUUAUGUCGCUGGAACUACUCUGAUAUUAAUGAUUUGAAAGCUGUGGUAGCAAGGAACCGGGCAGCUGGAAUACCUUUUGAUGUUCAGUACACUGAUAUUGACUACAUGGAAGAUAAAAAAGAUUUUACUUAUGAUGUAGUAAAAUUUGCAGGCCUCCCUCAGUUUGUUCAAGACCUGCAUAACCAUGGACAAAAAUAUAUCAUAAUAUUGGAUCCAGCUAUAUCUGUGAAUCCCCGUCAAAAUAAUACCCCUUAUGAGGCCUACAGAAAUGGUGAACAAAUGAAAGUGUGGAUAAAUGAAUCCAAUGGAGUCAAGCCUCUUAUUGGAGAGGUGUGGCCAGGAACUAGUGUCUUUCCUGAUUUUUCUAAUCCCAGUGCUGCUGAGUGGUGGAUAAAUGAGAGUAAGAAUUUCCAGAAAAUUAUCCCCUUUGAUGGACUGUGGAUUGAUAUGAAUGAAGUAUCCAAUUUUGUUAAAGGAUCAAAAUCUGGCUGUGCGAUGAACAACUUAAACUACCCUCCUUUUACUCCACGGAUUCUUGAUAGCCUCAUGUAUUCAAAGACAGUUUGCAUGGAUGCAGUGCAGAUAGCAGGCAAGCAGUAUGAUGUCCACAGCCUCUAUGGAUAUUUCAUGACUAUAGUUACUGAACAGGCUCUCCAAACCAUUUUUUCUGAAAAGAGAAGCUUCCUCCUUUCUCGAUCUACCUUUGCUGGCUCUGGAAAAUUCUCAGGACAUUGGUUAGGAGAUAAUGCUGCCAAUUGGAAUGAUAUUAAAUGGUCAAUAACAGGAAUGUUGGAAUUUGGUCUUUUUGGAUACCCAUAUAUUGGAGCAGAUAUUUGUGGGUUCUUUGACAAUGUCUCUGAAGAACUUUGCAGACGGUGGUUGCAGCUUGGAGCUUUUUACCCAUUUUCUCGAAAUCACAAUGCUGAAGCAUAUGAACCUAAAGAUCCAGCAUACUUUGGGCAGGACUCCCUUUUGGUGAACUCAACUAAACACUACUUGACCAUCCGCUAUAGUUUGUUACCGUAUCUCUAUACCCUGUUUUACAAAGCACAUGUCUGGGGAGAGACCGUUGUAAGACCUGUUUUACAUGAAUUCUACUCAGAUGAAGCCACCUGGGCUAUCGACAGACAGUUCUUAUGGGGACCUGGUCUGCUUAUUACUCCAGUCCUGGAUCCAGGUGUGAAUACAGUCACUGCAUACAUGCCUGAUGCUGUUUGGUAUGACUAUGAGACAGGUAUAGCAGCACCCUGUAGGAAAAGAGAGUGUCAGAUGUACCUCCCAGCAGACAAAAUAGGACUUCAUCUCAGAGGGGGUUAUAUCUUUCCUACUCAGCAACCAGCCAACACAACAGUUUACAGCCGUCUAAAACCUAUGGGACUUAUAAUUGCCUUGGAUGAUAAUGAAACAGCAACUGGAGACUUAUUUUGGGAUGAUGGUGAAAGCAGAGACACAGUGAUAAAGAAAUCCUACCUCCUAUAUCACUUCAAUGUCUCCAAUAAUGUCUUAACUAUGACUGUGACACACAACAACUACAAAGACCCAAAUAAUUUAGAAUUUCAGGAAAUCAAAAUCCUUGGAUUACCUCUUCAGCCAACAGAAGUGAAAGUGAUCUCAAACGAUGUGGCUCAAACAUAUCCUAUCACUAUUAGCUACAGUGGUCCAGAUAAGGUUGCCCAUAUUACAGGUCUUCAGCUUAAACUGGGAGAAGAUCAUAAAAUAUCCUGGAAUCAGCUGUUAAGAGAUAUCGACAAAUUUGAUUGCCAUCCUGCCCCAGAUGCAGCAGAACAAAGCUGUAAAUCUCUUGGCUGUAACUGGAAUGCUUCUGCUCCUUCAGGAGUCCCUUACUGUUACUACCCUUCUGAUUAUGGUUACAAUGUUGACCAAAUUCAAUACACACCUUCUGGUUUAAUGGCAGACCUUGGAAGAAGCAAGAAAUCUGUUAAAAGUGCAACAUUAUCUUUGGAACCCAUUAACACACUUCGCUUGGAGGUGAAAUACCAUGAGAACAACAUGCUUCAAUUUAAGAUUUAUGAUUACAGUAAGAAGAGAUAUGAGGUGCCAGUGCCCUUGAACCUCCCCAACACACCAGCAAGUACCCCUGAGAAUCGUCUCUAUGAUGUGUCAGUUCAAAACAACCCAUUUGGUAUCCAGGUUCGUCGCAGAAGUACUGGGACAGUCAUCUGGGAUUCCCAAUUACCUGGAUUCACCUUCAGUGACAUGUUCAUUCAAAUUUCAACUCGCCUACCCUCACAGUAUGUUUAUGGGUUUGGUGAAACGGAGCAUAAACAAUACCACCAAGAAAUGGACUGGAAAACCUGGCCAAUGUUUGCAAGGGAUCAAUCUCCUGGAUACCAAUACAACACAUAUGGAGUUCACCCCUUUUACAUGGGCCUGGAAAAUGAUGGAAAUGCUCAUGGAGUUCUUUUGCUGAACAGUAAUGGAAUGGAGGUAAAGUUCCAGCCAACUCCUGCUUUGACCUACCGUACCAUAGGAGGAAUUUUGGACUUCUAUAUGGUCUUGGGCCCAACUCCAGAGCAAGUAGUUCAGGAAUAUACUGCACUCAUUGGACGUCCAGUCAUGCCACCAUAUUGGGGUUUGGGGUUCCAGAUGUGUCGCUAUGGAUAUGAAAAUGAUACAGAAAUCUCUGACCUAUACAAUCAAAUGAAGGCAGCUAAUAUCCCCUAUGAUAUCCAAUAUGCAGAUAUUGAUUAUAUGGAACGGCAAUUGGACUUCACUCUUGGCAAAAACUUUCAGAAACUUCCAAGUGUGGUUGAUACACUGAAACAGGAUGGAAUGAGAUUUGUCAUCAUUUUGGAUCCAGCCAUUUCUGGAAAUGAAACUAACUAUCCAGCAUUCUUGAGAGGUGUUCAGGAUGAUGUCUUCAUUAAAUGGCCCAAUGGAAGUGAUAUUGUGUGGGGAAAGGUGUGGCCAUACCUCCCCAACGUUGUUGUGAAUGCCUCACUAGGCUGGGAUGAGAAAGUGGAGUUAUAUUGUGCUUGGACCGCUUUCCCAGAUUUCUUUCGCAAUUCUACAGCUACGUGGUGGAAAAGGGAAAUUCAAGAGUUUCACAGCAACCCUACUGACCCAGCGAAAAGUGUUAAAUUUGAUGGUCUAUGGAUAGAUAUGAAUGAACCAGCCAGCUUUGUCAAUGGUGCAGUUACUGGCUGUGGAGACCCUACACUAAAUAUGCCUGAAUAUGUGCCAAGCGUACUAGGAAGGGCAGUUGGGCUGAGUGACAAAACCUUGUGCAUGCAAAGUCAACAGUUUCUGCCCGAUGGAACUGCAGUUCGACAUUAUGAUGUUCACAAUCUGUAUGGCUGGUCACAAACUAAGCCAACAUAUGAUGCUCUACACAGUGUCACUGGAGAACGUGGUAUUGUCAUUUCUCGUUCAACUUAUCCAUCAAGUGGUAAAUGGGCAGGACAUUGGCUGGGUGAUAAUUUCUCAAGAUGGGACCAGCUUUACAAAUCUAUAAUUGGUAUGAUGGAGUUUAGCCUUUUUGGAAUAUCCUAUACUGGGGCAGAUAUCUGUGGCUUCAUUGGAGAUACAACCUAUGAAAUGUGUGCCCGCUGGAUGCAACUGGGUGCCUUUUAUCCAUAUUCCAGAAAUCACAACGGCAUAGGAUACAGAAAGCAGGAUCCUGUAUCCUUUGAUGAAAAUUUUAAAAACUUAUCCAGGAAAGUGCUCAAUACUAGAUACACUUUGCUACCCUAUCUGUACACACUGAUGUAUGAGGCCCAUGCACAUGGUAGUACUGUUGUGCGUCCUUUACUCCAUGAAUUUACCAAUGAUAAAACCACAUGGGGAAUCUAUAAACAGUUUCUCUGGGGUCCUGCUUUGCUCAUUAGCCCUGCACUGGAAGAAAAUGUUACAGUAGUAGAAGCUUAUUUUCCUGAUGCCUCCUGGUAUGAUUAUUACAUAAAUGAAAAAAUGAAAGUGAGGGGAGAAUUCAGUAACUUGUCUACGCCUCUUGAUCACAUCAACCUUCAUCUCAGAGGUGGCUACAUCAUCCCUUGGCAACUACCAGCUGCAAACACCAAGGCCAGCCGAAAAAACCUAAUGGGCCUCACAGUUGCUUUGGAUGAUAAGGGGACUGCUCAAGGCCUUCUUUACUGGGAUGAUGGAACCACAAUUGAUGCAUAUGAAAAUGGUCUUUACCUCUUGCAUACUUUUAAUGCCAGUCAGAAUGUCUUGGACAUCAAUAUCGCCCAUCAGGGAUACUUUGACCCAAACAACUUAAAGUUUGAAGAAAUUAAAAUCCUAGGAGUUGCAGCCAAUGUCUCUCCUGUUGUCGCAGUGUUUCAAUAUGGUACAGCAAUUCCAUCCAAGCAUAUUGUGAGCUAUAAUUCCUCAACACAGGUCUUGCACAUUACAGGCCUUCAGCUUGCUCUGGGACAAGCAUAUUCAUUGCAGUGGAAACAGAAGCUUCUUCAAGACACAGAAAAAUUUAACUGCCACCCAUACCCCAAUCCGACCCAAAGCAUGUGUGAAGCCCGUGGCUGCACCUGGGAGGUUUCUUCUACUCCUGGUGUGCCACACUGCUUUUAUCCCAGAGACUACGGCUACUCUGUCAUUAAUAUCCGAAACAUUGCCAGGGGGUUGUCAGCUGACCUCUACAGCAUCAAACGCUUCCCCAGCCCAUAUGGCUCUAGGUCACCAGCAGUGAACCAGCUUCGCGUGGAAGUGAGGUUCCAUCACAAUGACAUGCUGCAGUUCAAGAUCUAUGAUCCCAACCAGAAAAGAUAUGAAGUUCCCAUUCCACUCUCCACCCCAAGCAGCUCUCAAGCUACAGAAGCUAAUCGGCUCUAUGAAGUAGAUAUUUUGAACAAUCCAUUUGGUAUACGAAUUCAGCGCAGAAGCACAGGAACUAUUAUCUGGGAUUCUCAGGUGCCAGGAUUUACCUUUAGUGACAAGUUCAUCCAGAUUGCUACUCGCCUUCCAUCACAGUAUUUAUAUGGAUUUGGAGAAAAUGAACACCCGCAGUUCCGCAGAGAUAUGAACUGGCAAACCUGGGGCAUGUUCAACAAAGAUCAACCGCCUGGUUACAAACUGAAUUCAUAUGGUUCCCACCCUUUCUACAUGGGACUCGAAAAUGAUGGAAGUGCACAUGGAGUUCUUUUGCUGAACAGCAACGCUAUGGAUGUCACCUUCCAGCCAACACCUGCCCUUACAUAUCGCACAACAGGAGGCAUUCUGGACUUUUAUAUGGUGUUGGGGCCAACUCCAGAGAAAGUGGUUCAGCAAUACACCAGACUUAUAGGACGACCUGUUAUGCCACCAUAUUGGGCUUUGGGAUUCCAGCUGUGCCGGUAUGGAUACAAAAAUACCUCUGAGGUCAUUGAUUUGUAUAAUGCAAUGAGAGCAGCUCGAAUACCCUAUGAUGCGCAAUAUACCGACAUUGACUACAUGGAACGGAAACUAGACUUCACUCUGGACAAAAACUUCAAGGACCUUCCUCAGUUUGUCAGGAAGAUAAAAUCAGAGGGUACAAGGUUCAUCAUCAUCCUGGAUCCAGCCAUAUCAGGCAAUGAAACUGAAUCAUAUGAAACCUUCACAAGGGGUUUGCAAGAGAAGGUUUUCAUCACAUGGCCUAACAGCACUGACAUUGCAUGGGGAAAGGUAUGGCCAAAUUAUCCCAAUGUAACAGUUGAUGAAAAUGCAAGUUUGCAAGAACAGAUUGAGCGGUAUCGAGCUUAUGUUGCUUUCCCAGAUUUCUUCCGCAAUUCCACAUCACAGUGGUGGCAAAGAGAAAUAAACAAAUUUCAUGCUAAUGUUCUUCAGUUUGAUGGCCUGUGGACUGACAUGAAUGAACCAGCAAACUUCAUCAAUGGAAACGUUGGUGGCUGCAAAAAUCAAGAACUAAAUGCUCCUCCAUAUUUACCAGCCUUGGUUUCAAGGGAAAAGGGACUGGAUCUGGUGACCAUAUGCAUGGAAAAUGAGCAGAAGCUUCCUGAUGGGACACCCGUGAGGCAUUAUGAUGUUCACAACCUCUAUGGAUGGUCACAAGCAAAACCUACUUACUAUGGAAUGCAAAAUGCAACAGGAGAACGUGGGAUCGUUAUUACUCGUUCAACUUACCCAUCAAGUGGACGAUGGGCAGGACAUUGGCUUGGUGAUAACUAUGCAAAAUGGGAUCAGCUUGAGAAAUCAAUAAUUGGUAUCAUGGAGUUUAGCCUCUUUGGAAUCUCCUACUGUGGUGCUGACAUUUGUGGUUUCUUCAAUGACACAACCUAUGAAUUGUGUGCCCGAUGGAUGGAGCUUGGAGCAUUUUACCCUUUCUCUAGAAAUCAUAACAUGAUGGGAACUAAAAGACAAGAUCCUGUAUCCUUUAACUCAACAUUUGAAGAUAUAUCAAGGCAUGUGCUCAGCAUACGAUAUAGAUUGCUGCCCUAUCUCUACACAUUGAUGCACAAUGCCCAUGCUGAUGGCAGCACAGUUGCACGUCCUUUGCUUCAUGAGUUUGUGAAUGACAGGACAACAUGGGAUAUCUACAAGCAAUUUUUAUGGGGUCCAGCUCUUAUGAUCAGCCCAGUACUCGAACAAGGGGCUGUGAUGGUGAAGGCUUAUGUACCUGAUGCACGGUGGUAUGAUUAUCAUACGGGAAAAGACAUAAAAGUGCGAAAACAAUUCCAGGAUUUUCAAGCACCUUUGGGUCAUAUAAAUCUACAUGUUCGGGGAGGUUACAUCCUUCCCUGGCAGGUACCUGAUAUCACUACCAAUGCCAGCCGGCUAAAUCCCAUGGGACUCACUGUUGCUUUGGAUGAUAAUGGAAAAGCUCGAGGACAGCUUUACUGGGAUGAUGGAAUUAGUAUUGAUGCAUAUGAAAAUGGCGACUACUACUUUUCAACAUUUCAAGUAGCUCAAAAUACAUUGGAUGUCUCUGUGAUUCACAAUAAGUUUUUAACUGACUCAGUUGUCUUGAGAAUUGGAUAUCUGCACAUAUGGGGAGUCACGGCCUCAGUUACAAAUGUUGCUAUUACUUAUGAUGGAAAAACAGAAACAGCAAUUCCUCAAUAUUAUCCUGCUAGCCAGAUACUACAAGUGAAUCUCACUGGAAAUAAUUACCUAAUCCAUAAAUUAAACCAAGUCAAAUGGGUGACAACCACUUAAAUGUCUGUGAGAUACAAGCUAUAUGAAGACCUCCUCAUAGCUAAUUAGUAUAUCAUUUUCAACUAUAUUUUGUUCAGAUAUGGUACCAGCAGACAAAUGAAGAAAUGGAUAUAACUUAACUGUAGGUAAUUUAUUUGUCAGAAUGCAUAGUAAUUUCUGAUAAAAAACUACUUAUUUUGUUGAAUAUGACAAUCCUGGAAUUCUGCUUUUUCCUUUAAAUGAAAAGGGGUGUUUAUUUCAUUGAAGUACAGAGAAGAAUAAUGAUUUUGUAAAAUAGCCAGUAGAAUGUAUUUAAAAUAUUAAUUAUACCAGAGCAAUCUGUAUGACAGGAAUCAGGAUUUUUUUUUUCUCUGUUUUGCAGAGGAAUUAAAAUGUCAGUAUAAUGGCUAAGUGCCGAGCAUGAUGGACUAUAUAAUUGCUCUUCA